AUGGCUCGGAUUUUUACUGGGAUAGAUCUGAGCUCUUUCUGGUGGUGCUGCUGCUGUUGCUGCUGCAAUCAAAGGCAUCUUCUAGCUGUGAUAUUCAUCUUUAGCAUCGUAAUGGGAGCUCCACACACCGAUCCCUCGGCGGCGGCCGUACCGAUCCCUCCACUUCCGUCGGGGGCGCUGUUCGCCACCAAAAACAACACAAAAGUCACCGCACAACGGGGCGGCACGGCGCUGCUGCCGUGCACCGUACUCAGCCAGCCGGCCGCCACGGUAUCGUGGAUCCGCCGACAGGACUUUCAGCUGCUCACCGUGGGGCUGUCGACGUACAGUAGCGAUGAGCGGUUUAUGGUGGCACAUUUACGGCACUGGGGCCUCUGGGCGUUGCGGAUCAAAUCGGUGCGCGCCGAGGACGAAGGCGUCUACGAGUGUCAGCUGUCCGUGCAUCCCGUGCAGUCCGUGUUUGUCGAGCUUAAAGUAGUAGAGGCGGAAGCCGAAAUCGUUGGCGCACCGGAUCUACACAUCGACGAGGGCUCCACGUUGAGGUUGGAGUGCAAAUUACAACGUGCCACAGAGAAUCCCACGUUCGUGUUCUGGUACCACGAGCACAAUAUGGUGAAUUUCGAUCAGUUGAACGGAUUUUCCGUAGCUCCGUUCCAACCGUCGGCUCCGGCCAUCCACCAGCACCUGCAGCACUACCUUCCACACCCACUCCUCGACCACGGGCCACAGCUCUCGGCCGAAGACCAGGACUUUGGCGGCGUACUGGAUGAUGACGACUUACUCCAGCGUUCACUGCACCUGGAUCAGGACGCCACUUCGCCCUUCCUGGCCACCUCGUCGUCUGCGUCGGCAUCAUCUUCGCUACUGCUGGCGUCUCUCGCUGCGGCGGCCUUCUCUUCUUCCUCCUACCAAAACCUCGAACCGGCCCCGGACAUGUCCUUCGAGUUCGGACCUGAGCCGGGCCCGGGUCUUUCGUCGGAAUCGUCGGACCCGCUGGACGCGAGCGGCGCCCGUCGGCAUAAUCAUAAUCACCCGCAUCACGGUGCCCACCCUCAGCAUCCCCACGUCCAUCACCACGCCCAUCAGCAUCAGCAUCAGCACCAUCAUCACCAUCACUUCCCGCGGGGAGCGUGGCCCACGAACCACUCCUCGCCGCUGCUGUACUCGCACAUCCUCACGCCGGCCCCGAGCGUGCUUACGAUCAAGAAAGUCCACUUUAAGCACGCCGGUAAUUACACUUGCGCCCCCUCGAACGCCCGUCCGGCCAGCAUCACCGUGCACGUGCUGCAAGAUAAAAAACCAGCCGCCAUGCAGCAUGCAAACCGCAGUCAGCUGGAUGACGGAAGUAAGCAAUCGAGAAAUGGAUGCCCUCACCAAGGCCACCACUACCCAGCGUUUCCGAUGGCCGCAUUGCUAUUUCUUUGCUUCACGUGCCACCUGUGCACGCGGCACGAUUGGUUACAACGGUGA